AUGGAAUUUCCUGAGCUAGGGAAGCAUUGCACCUUUGACGGUUGUCAUCAACUCGACUUUCUUCCUUAUACCUGCUAUCGCUGCAAGAAGAUAUUUUGCCAAGAUCACUUUAAGCUUGACGAUCACCAUUGUCCAAGCUUACAGGACGGUCAAUACGAUGCUCGCGUACCUACUUGCCCGAUAUGUGAACAGCCUGUUCCAGGACCAAGGGGUCAAGAUCCUAAUAUCUCAGUAAAUCGCCAUAUACAAAACAACUGCAACGACAAACAACAAAAAGCUUCCAAUAUCUGUCAUCAGCGUGCUUGUAAUGCAAAAUUGCUUGUACCUAUGAAUUGCUCGGACUGCGGCUAUUCUUUUUGCGUCAAACAUCGCCUUCCAGUGGAUCAUACAUGUCGCCCGGCUCAAAAGAAUGCAUCACAAAAACGACCCACACCUUCAUCCUCCUCCAAACGGAACAGUAAACAAGAGCAAGAACUGGCCCGAUUAACCGAGAAAGCCAACACGAAUCGAUUGACUGAAGCGGAGCAGGCACGAUUAGCUGCACUUCGGCGCAAGCAGAAGAAACCCAAUUGCAUCAUUUCUUGA